AUGUAUGCACUCAGUAUCUUCAUGCGUAUCUGUGUAUGCUCACGUGAAUAUGCUUUCUUCAACUGCACGGCUAUCGUGAAUGAUUUGAACACAUGUGAAAGUGAAGUGAAUCCUGAAGAGUUGACAUAUCUCACUUCAAUUUCAUCAGCACAAACAACAGCAGCCGAUGUUGAUAACAGCAAGGUGAAACUAUUGGUAUCACGUCAGCUUAAUCCGAUUACGGCUGCUACUAUGGAACAGAUAUCAUAUUUGGGUUGUGCAAAAAUUGAAAAUCCAAGCAAUGAAGCUGAAAUUCUGAAGAUAAUGCAGCUAUUAAAUGAGGAACGUUCGGAGAAACCAAUUGAUGUAAUAUUAUUUAUUCCCGAAUCUUCUUUUGGCAUAGUUCGAAUGUGUGAUGGUACAACCAAAUGCGAAAUGGUCAGUUUUCCAGUUCAUCGGAUCAAAUUUUGUGCUCGUGGUCAGUUGGAUUCAGCAGAACGUGAAUGCUUCGCACUGUCUUUCACACAGAAGAAUGCGACACCUACCGAUGGUGCCUUGCAUCAAUGCCAUGUUUUCCGUUGUCAGGUUCCUGAAGCAGCUGGAAAAGCACUUCUUAAUUUUGCUAACGCUUUUCGAAAUAACGGCACAACAAAGAAAGUGCCUUCACCAAGGUUCAGUCGCACAUCUCAACCGAGCAGUGCUGAUGAAGAGACAUCAAGUUUGGAGGGAGCUUUCAAUCCUGGUGGUGAAGAAGAUUUCCAGUUUGAUGCAUUUCUUGAAAUGAGAGAGGAAGAUCCGAAGAAAGGCUUUACGGUAUGUCCACAGGAAAAAAAUUGUUUUAAGCUGAGAAGAGAUCGCGAGAAGCGAGUGGUUGUUGUUUUGCAACAAACUCACGGACGAAGGGUCUUAACUGUUAGAAAGUGUUUUGGUCUGUUACUUGGUGCUGGCCGAAACUUGCGUCACAAUGACAUGCAUCUUCUUGACAUGCAAUCUAUGGGACGAGGAAAUGAUGCGAAGACAUACAUUAUUGAAGCUAUUUGGGAUCCACACUUACAAAAUUUAGAAGUUCUCAAUACGGAAACUCCAAGAGAAACGAGAGUUUUUAUGACAAUAGCAGCUGAUGUAGUAUUAACGGGUAUUGAUGAACCCGUGCGUUUCAAUGUGGAAUGUAAAGCAAGAAUUUUUCAUGAACAUGAACGAUUUUGGUAUGUAUCCAGACGACCAGUAGUGGAGAAGUAUUUCCUUACCGCAAGGAUGGAAGAAGAUGGAACGGAUUCCGUGAAUGAGGCUAAUCUGAAGGUGGUGAAGUUUGAGUCAGUUACAGAACGUGAGCGGUCAUUAAGCCGCCUUUCGUUAGGUCGAUCUCCGACGAAAAUGCCGACGCAGCUAAUACAUCCAGCAGACGAAGACGAAUCUGAUAGUGACGAGCCGUUAUUAUCUGGUUCGGGUAUUGUUAAUCAGGAAUGUCCUGAAGAUGUACUUAGUGCCUGGAACAAAAUUCUGCUGGAAUGGAAAGCGAAUCCCGAAGGGACAAUACCCGAAGGUUUAGCUGAUCUGAUACGUAAUGGAGUACCUGAUGUUUUACGCGGUGAAGUUUGGCAGUAUUUGGCCAAAGUCCAAAUUGAUCCCGACCUCACUCAAACAUAUCGCUUAUUACUUGGAAAAGAAUGUCCAUCGGAGCAGGUAAUAUUACGAGAUAUCCAUCGUACAUUCCCAGCACAUGAAUAUUUUAAAGAAGCAGGUGGAGAAGGCCAGGAAUCAUUAUACAGAAUCAGUAAAGCAUAUUCUUUAUACGACGAGGAAGUCAGUUACUGUCAAGGAUUGUCCUUCUUAGCUGCUGCAUUACUAUUGCAUAUGCCUGAAGAGCAAGCUUUUUGUACACUUGUGAAAAUAAUGUUCGACUAUGGUUUACGCGAUCUGUUCAAACUUGGAUUGGAUAUUUUACACUUACGAUUUUAUCAACUACAAAGGUUAACUGAGGAUUACGUGCCGGAUCUCUUUGCUCAUUUCUAUAAUCUCGGUGUCGAAACACACAUGUAUGCCUCACAGUGGUUCCUUACUUUAUUCACUGCCAAAUUUCCAUUGCAAAUGGUCUAUUUUAUUGUAGACCUUUUUCUCAGUGAGGGGAUGAAUACAAUAUUCCACAUAUCAUUAGCUUUGUUGAAAGCAUCCAAGAAAGAGCUCUUGCAAUUGGAUUUUGAGGGAGCGCUCAAAUAUUUUCGUGUAGUUUUGCCACGACUUUAUCGCACAGAAUCAAAUGCUAAGGAGCUAAUUCAUAAAGCCGUGAAGUUAAAAAUAAGUCAUAAGCGAUUGUCAAAGUACGAAAAGGAGUUUUAUUCAUUGAAAGAGCGUGAAUUAGAAUCUCAGGACCCAUUGGAACGUUUGGAGCGAGAAAAUCUUCAUCUGAAAGAAACAGUAAUGAGACUGGAAAGAGAAAAUGAUGAUUUGGCACACGAACUCGUCACCAGCAAAAUUGAGCUGAGGAAGAAUUUGGACACUGCAGAAGACAGUGUUGAAAGCUUACAGGGACAGCUUGAGAGAUGCAUGCGAACAGCGAAAGAUCUUGAGGAUGAAAAUAAUGGAUUGCGAACUGAAUAUGAUCAGGUGAAGGAAAUGUGCAGGAGAGAAGUGCUACGACUCGAAUCAGAAGGAUCACGAUCACAGGGUAUUAUUAGCAACUACAAAGAGAUUUGUUCCGAUUUAAGUUACCGACUCGACAAGCAACAGGAUAAUUUCAAGACUCAAAGAACGCGGAUUGCUGGAGUGAUUUCUCACUGUGAACAAUGUUCAGCUGCACUUGCUGAAUUUACGGAGCAAAUGAAUGGGAGUCCGUCAAAAAAGUUAUCUCCGACGGAGGAUGGUUGUGGCUUUAAGGUGAUUGAAUUAAUGGAUAAAUUGGAAGAAAGUGAGCAACGCAUUCGCCAACUGGAACUCAGUCUUGCUCAGACUAAACUUGAGUUAGUUGAGGCACAGUGUAGGAACCAAGACUUGAGUCAUCAGAUGAAUGCGUCCAUUAGUGGUGAUAACGACAGUAAGCACGCAGCGUGGUUGAAAAAAACAAUAUCAUCGAUCCGAGACGUUGGCACAUCACUGAAACAACCUACCCAUGAGCGUAGUAACAGUACCCUUUCCAUGGAGAAGUAUUAG